UGCUGACUUUAUCGUAAUGGCAACCGGAGCCUUUAAAAGUUUUAUACGUGAUUUCUUUGCGGCUAAAUACGAUGAUAAACGACUCGAUCCCAAGGCAGAGAAACUGGAUGGUAAUGGUCGCUAUUAUCCCAAUUGCAAAUCGGACGUUUGGUUGCGUUCGUGUGAACGUGAGAUUGUGGAUCCCAUCGAGGGACAUUUGAGCGGGCAUAUACCCAAAUGGUUAAAUGGUAGUCUACUGAGGAAUGGUCCUGGUAGCUGGAAGGUAGGCGAUAUGACAUUUGGCCAUCUUUUUGAUUGCUCGGCACUGCUGCAUCGUUUUGCUAUACGCGAUGGCCGUGUUACCUAUCAGAAUCGUUUUGUCGACACGGAAACAUUGCGUAAAAAUCGGGCAGCUCAACGAAUUGUGGUCACAGAGUUUGGAACAGCAUCCGUACCUGAUCCUUGUCAUACGAUCUUUGAUAAAUUUGCUGCCAUAUUUCGAGCAGACAGUGGCACGGAUAACUCUAUGAUAUCCAUUUAUCCAUUUGGCGACGAGUAUUAUACCUUUACCGAGACACCGUUUAUGCAUAGAAUUAAUCCAUGCACUUUGGCCACUGAGGGAAGGAUCUGCACCACCGAUUUUGUGGGCGUUAUCAAUCACACUUCACAUCCUCACAUUGUGCCCAGUGGAACAGUUUACAAUUUGGGCACUACCAUGACAAAGUCUGGUCCUGCCUAUACAAUUAUCUGUUUUCCCAAUGGCCAUCAGAUGUUCGAGGAUGCUCAUGUGGUGGCCACAUUACCCUGUCGCUGGAAACUUCAUCCCGGCUAUAUGCAUACAUUCGGCCUAACCGAUCAUUACUUUGUUAUUGUCGAGCAGCCUCUGUCCGUGUCUUUGACAGAGUAUAUAAAAUCUCAACUUUACAAUCAAAAUCUAUCCGCCUGUCUAAAGUGGUAUGAGGAUAAGCCGACAUUGUUUCAUCUGAUUGAGCGAUCAACGGGCAAAUUGGUUCAAUCCUAUGAAUCGGAAGCCUUCUUUUAUCUUCACAUUAUCAAUUGCUUUGAACAGGACGAACAUGUCAUUGUGGAUAUUUGUUGUUACAAGAACCCUGAAAUGAUUAACUGCAUGUAUUUGGAGGCCAUUGCCAAUAUGCAAACCAAUGCCAACUAUGCAAAGUUAUUCCGUGGACGUCCCUUGAGAUUUGUCUUGCCUUUGGGUGGGCAGGCAAUGACAUCCGGCAAACGAGCAAAAGGCUUAGUGAAGUCAUUUUCUCUGGUGGGUCUUGGCACGGCGCAACCUACGCGGCUAAAGCAUUCUGUUUCCGAAUUCGUGGACAUAUCCUAUUUAGCCACAAAUGCCACAAAUGUCGAGAAGACAGGAGAGACCAAGCGUAUGCGCUAUGAUGAGGACUCCAUUAACUUGGUUACACUUAAACAUAGUCAAGCCGAGGCUUAUCAAGGCACAAAUGCAAUCUAUCUGAGGCCAGAAAUGCUCUGCGAUUGGGGCUGUGAGACUCCAAGGAUCUACUAUGAACGACAUAUGGGUAAAAACUAUCGUUACUUCUAUGCCAUUAGUUCAGAUGUCGAUGCUGAAAAUCCUGGCACGCUCAUCAAGGUAGAUGUUUGGAAGAAAACCACCUUGACCUGGUGUGAACGAAAUGUAUAUCCCAGUGAGCCGAUAUUUGUGCCCUCGCCAGAGCCGCAAAGCGAGGACGAUGGUGUCAUAUUGGCUUCCAUGGUUGUCGGUGGUCUCAACGAUCGUUAUGUGGGCUUAAUUGUACUCUGCGCCAAGACAAUGACCGAACUGGGACGCUGUGACUUUCACACAAAUGGGCCAGUACCCAAAUGUCUUCACGGAUGGUUUGCCCCUUACACAGCCUAAUCUAUUCAGUAUUCACUAUAUAUAAGUAGUUUUAGCAUAUAUUUCACUUAGUAUUUUGGAUUCAAUACAUUGGCAAUGAACUCUUGCCACUUCCUUUGGAA